CCUCGUGGAAAACAUCACGAAAAUCACCGAAGGAUUUUUUUGAUGACAAAACAAAGAAAGUUAAUCACAGGAAAAAUGAAAGUAUUAAGUUUAAGUUUUAGAGAGUUGUCACACUCAGCUCAGAAUUUACCAAAGAAAAUUAACAGAAAAGUGCAGAGUAAGUAUUUGGACAUUCUAAUGAGAUAUUUUACACAUGAGAUUUUUUCUUGUUACGAAUACAAUUUUCUACAAGAAAAAAAACAGCGAAUAUUUUAUUUCAUAAAUUUUAUUUGAUAAAUUUGUACACAUUAUUUUUUCGAUGUACGGAAUUAUUUUAAAGCAUUCUAAAAAAACGUUCUCUUAUAUUUUCCUCCGGAAAUUUUUCCUGUUGAAUAUAUUGGCAAAAUAUUGGUCUUCUCUGCUACUGAAUCAAGAAAUCACAAACGAUAACUUCUCUGACUGCAAAAAUAUUUUUUCAAGUUGAUAGUUCUUGAAUUUUAGAAUCAACGAACAAAUGGUAGAAUCUCUUCUAUAACGAAGAGAUAAUAUUUGAUGAUCUUUUAGAUGAACGGAGGGUUAUGACGAAAAAAAUGAUUCAAGAAUUUUUCAAAAGCGAAUGAAAAAGUUUUCGAAUCCCGUCCGUAAACACGAUAGUCAAUAUAGCAUGUGAUACAUGUGAGAAUAAUUAAUUCCUAGUCAUGGGCGUCCAUAAAAGUCGAGCAUUGAAGUCAUAUAUUUAUUAAUCUCAAGGUAAACUGAUAAAAAAAACUUUGAUUAAUAUUUUAUUGAGAUAUAAGAAAAAUAAAGCAUAAAUAUAUUUAUGGUAAUUGAUAUAAAAGCUCACAAUGACAAAAUCGUAACAAGUGCCAACGAGCAUGUGAAAGUAUCUGUCUACUUAUUUAAUAAUAAAUCAUUUAUUAUUAAUUAAUCAAUAUGAAGUCAUAACACGAUGAAAGUAAAAAUGACAAGACGAAAUUAUACAAAUGGGAGUUUUAGAUUUAACAAUUGUAUCGUGCGAUUCCGUAGAUUCUAAUGAAACGAAACGUCAAUAUUAAUAUUAGGAAGACAAAAAUAAAUAAUAAUUAGUAAUAUUUAUUGUAGUGUAGUUUUGAACGCUUAGUGCUCAAAUAAAAUAUUGUAAGUAAUUGAAAAUCGAACAAGAGACUCAAAAAUAUUUGCAUUUGCAAUUGAAUGUAUUAAAAAUAAUUGUAAUGCCAAAGAAAAAACUUUUGGAGAAUCAACCUUUGAGGUUUAUUUCUAAAAAUACUUCAAUUGAAUUUCCACGCUCGUUUUGUCUUAGGAAGGCACAGUGCCACCUCAAAGAAUCGCUAUAAAAAUACAUGGAGAAGUCUUAAAUUAAAAAAAGACACUGAGCGAAAUCGUUCAGUCACCGACUUUGCAAGCAUCAAGACAUACAAUAAAUUUUUGAAGAUUAUCUCGAUUUGAGAGAAUUUAAUAUUCAAUGAAAAUAGAAUAUACAUCAAACUGAGGCAUCAAUUUUUAAAUAUUUAUCUGAAAGCGUUCUGGAAUUUAGUCAGCGAAUUGUCAAAAAAGUGGAGAUGCAUUCGGUGUAAAAUUUGAAUUAAACCCUUCAAUUUUAUUUUCAUUCCCCUUUUAUUUUCCGUCGGUGAAAAUUUUUAUCCCCAUUAGCUCCCCAAUCUUCUCGAUUCCCUUCACUCUAUCUCUACUACUCCAUUACCGACAUCCUCUGCCUCAUGCCCUGCCUUAUUCACUGGUACGUCCUCUGAUUUAGUUCCAUUAAUCACCGCUAGGAAAUUUCGCUGUUGUACCUCUACCAUAAGCGCUGCUGAUUUCUCCUAUAAUCCCUGCCAACAGUUGUCGUUUUAUUUUCCCCUUGGAAAAACCGUGUAAACCUCUUGUACAUGAGAAUUUAUCCCGCUAGUGUUGUUCGUGAAUUGUUGGUGUGCGUUCCCCCCUCGGAGGUUAUUCUUCAAGAUGGCCAGGGUGCUGUCGCCCGCCGUGGUGCUCACGAGCAUUACGGUUUAACGCGGUGCUGCCGAGUGUCUCCCAACCCACCAUUAAAAACAAAUUGAACAAAAAACAUAAAUAAAUAAAGAGUGUAGCUUAAAAAUAGUGAUAACCUCAUUGCUCCAAAACAUGUGAGAAACUCCAAAACGGAGAAAAAAUCGACGGAAUUUAGUUUCCAAGGCGAGGGUUCACGUCUGUUUUCUUCAGGUUUAGAUCAGAUAAAGGCACGAGAUGGAAUCGGCUUUGGCCCAGGAUCUUUCUCACCUUGUUGAGGCCCAAGAGGAUUCCAGCUCAGUGGAUCAGCCAGCGAGUAACGAUGAGACGUUUAUUGAAGCCCCCGUGAGAUCCGCUACCUACUUUAAAAUAAACAAUCAUGAUGAUGAUCUACACGAGGAAUGUACAUCACAGCAAUUGUCGUGCAAUGGUGCAGUGCCGACUAUUGGCCAUUUCGAAAUGUCCAGCAAUAGCAACAAUGAGAGCUCUGAGAAUGCAGAAGCGGUUGUGACAGAAGUGAGUACCUUCGGUGAUAGAUUGUGCACUUACAGUGCAUCAUCACCGAAUGAUCGGUCGCGUGAUUUUCCAUCGAAAAAUGCCGAGAUGAAGAAAAUUGGUGUGGAGAUCUCGGAGGAAGAAGCUAAACAAUUGAAGAAUGAUAUCAGACGGUUAUCACCGGUGCUAGUGAGUCUCCAUGAACGAACUCUCGGUGAGAUAUCGUUGACAUCUGAUUCUGGACUGUUUGAUGAUGAGAAACACGAGCAUAAUGAUCGCGAUGCAUCGCUGAAUAGUUUAGUAGAUAAUGUUGAGUGUGUUGUGAGUGAAAAUUGUGGUGAAGAUGAUAAGAGACAUGAAUCUAAUGAGACAGCAGUUGUUUCGAAGGUGGGGGAGGAUAGGGUUUGUGAUAAGGAGAGGAUGAGUACGCCGAAGGGCUUGAUGAUCGUGUUGGAGCGAAUUGAUAAGACUCCGGAGGGCUUGAAACUUAAGAUGAAGGAGUCAGAGAAUGAUUUGACGGUGGAGCACACGUGUGUUAGUGAUUUGAGGAGGGUGGAGGAUAUUGAGGGAUUUAGUUUGUCUCCCAAGUAUUUGGAGAAUGAUCAGUUGACGAGGAAGAGUCCGAUGGUGAUGAUUGAGAGGGUAAAUGGGUUGGGAGAGAAGAGUGUGGGGCAGAGUGAUGUGAGGAUCGCAAGAAAACUUGAGGUGGAAUUUGAGGAGGAUGUGUUGGAGGCUACCAAGAUCAGUGAAUCCUCUGACAGUUUGGUGGAUGUUGGGAGGGGAAUUGGGGAAGUUCAGGAGCAGCAUGAUACUGAGACUGAGACUGAGACUGGCUCUGAUAGCUCUGAGCUCAUUACCAUCACUAUCAAUAAGACUGUUGUCAGGUGCGAGACAGGUGCUAUUGUUUGUGAUGUGGUGAAUCCCGAAGUGAUGGCGAGGCUUGGGGCUGAAGAGCCUGAGGCUUUUACUGAGGACUCGGCUGAGAGUCUCGCUUUGGCUACCGGGGCCAGGGAUGAAGUCAGAUCCGAUGGAAGUGACUCAGGGCUUGGUGGAGAAAUUUCUGGGGAUCCUGGACCUACUCCAGCACCCGAAAGCGAUUCAGAGACCAGUUUUUUGGAUAGAAUACCUGAUGAUAUACUGUCGGAUAAGGAGAAAGUGGUGAAUACACUGGAUGACUACGGGUCAUCUAGCGGCAGUACCAGUGCAGUGACACUGCCUAGUUUUCCAACACCACAAAAGAGUAGCCUGAAGCGACGAUUGAGCGAUUGCAUGGAGGGUGAGCCGAAUGCCAAACGUAACAACAGUGAACCAGCUAGGAAAAAACGUAAUAUACAGUUUGACGCUGUUACCGUUUAUUAUUUUCCACGCUCUCAAGGAUUCACCUGUGUGCCCUCUCAGGGCGGGAGUACACUGGGCAUGAGUGCAACGCAUACCCACGCAGAGAGAUUUUCACUGUCUGAGCAUGCAGCUGAACAACGACGACUGCAUCGUGCACGUUUGGCGCAGCUUCGGUCAGAGAGAGCAGCAAAUUGUGUGGUAGAGACAGCCUCGAGCUCUGAGGAUCCGAGUGACGACACCGAUGAGGAACCGAGCGACGGUGAGGAGCUCGAUAUUGACAGCUACUAUUUUCUACAGCCUGUCCCAACAUGGCAGAGACGUGCACUCCUCCGUGCUGCUGGGGUCAGAAGGAUAGAUGCACUCGAGAAAGACGAGUGCAGAGAUAUACGCGCAAGUAGAGAGCACUGCGGAUGUGGAUGCAAAGGGUAUUGUGAUCCUGAGAGCUGUCCUUGCUCCAGGGCUAAUGUCAAAUGCCAAGUGGACCGCGCAGGUUUUCCCUGCGGGUGUUCCCGCGACGGCUGUGCAAACUCAUCGGGACGAAUAGAGUUCAAUCCGGUUCGAGUCCGUACGCACUUCAUCCACACCCUAAUGCGCCUGGAACUAGAGAAAAAACAGCGCGACGAAGACUCAACGGAGCACGAGCCUCCACUCCCCCGAGGUCCUCUCCGUGAACACCAUCCAACUCAAAUCCACGAUCCAACCCGUCCCCCGGACACAUGCCUAAAUAAUGGUUUCACCACUCUCCACUACGAUCCCCACGAUCCGACAGUCUGCCAGCCUCUCCAUCCAGCUCGCGAGGACAGCCUAGAUCUCUAUGCAAUCCGCGACGACUGCUAUCCCUCCGAAGAAACCGUCGACAAUCCUCACAACUCACCCCGCAAAUUACACCCCGAGUUCAGCCAAGCUUUCCAGCCAUUCUCAACCCAACCAUUUCCACCACAAGCCUAUCCCGAUUAUCAGUCCUAUGAAAAUCUUCCCUCCACAUCCAGAACGCAAUUCCCACCUCAAUUUCAAUCAGUACCUUCAAAUCAAAAUUUCUCCCACUACUCUUCCUAUCAAGAUACAACGAUGCAACAAUCUUGCCACCAGCACCAGCAGCAUCAGCACCCAGCCCAACAGCACCAACAACAAUCCAUCUACGAGACAUCAUUUACUGAUGAUAAUGGCGUACAGCAGUACACUAAUCUCAACUCGGUACAACCCAUGAGCAGCGUUGUACAGCAAAUGGGCAAGCUCGAGCCAUUCUCUGAAUUAUUAGCUGGUCGUUACUCGUAUUAUGGGGAUGUUGAGCCACAGCCAAUCAGCAGUUAUCAUACAAACAAAAUAGAGGAGAAGGUUGUGGUGCAGCCAGGUGAUGAAGGGGGUGAUGAUUGUGAUGAGAACUUUGGAGAAAUAAUCAAGAAGAGUAUGGUUGAAACUGUCUCUGCUUGAAUCGGUGGCACAUGACAUGGAGGGUCUCAUCGGUUUUUAUUUGUCAGCUGAAUAUUUUCGGUACCUGAGGAAAGCUAUGCAUUUCUUUGCAUCGUACAUUGAACAACCCUUCGGUAAUUUUUCAGUCGAGUCGUCUGGAGAUAAUUUCUGGACAACUUUUAAAUGGAAAUUUCCAUUCCAUUGAGAUGUGGGACAUUUCGUUUUGAUUGGAAUUGUCGGUAUUUUAUUGAAUUAUUGUCAACUCACGUUAUAAUUUAAGGAGUUGGAAUGCGAUUUUUGGGAAAUCUAGAAGCGCUUGAGUGAAGACGAAAUGUUCCAGACGUGAAAGGUGAGAAAUUAUUUCCAGUGGUCAUCUUAUUAUUGAAUUGUUUGUUCAAUUGUAUUUAACGAAAAUACGAUAGCUCGGGAUUCUGCCCGGGUCGUGGUAUUGAAAUCAGCAAUUAAGUGGUUGAUCAAUUCGAAUGUGAUAAUUUGUUUGAUUAUGAAAAUAUCUUUGUGAAUAUCGAUUUGAGGAGGGGUAGUCGAUAGAUUUUUUCCUUGGCGAAGGGAAAACAUCUCCCGACAUUCAUUUCUCAAAUCAGUAAUUAUGGAGAUAAUUGCGGAAUUAAUGGUUGUACCGCUUCUCUGUUGGUAUUGAUUCAGUGGAUCGUUCCUAAUUAUGUUUUUACUUUAAUUAAUUGCCUAUUGAUUUCUGUGGGAGGGACAAUAAGAAUUUAAACGAUGAGAAACGAUAUUUCAACGAGGUUGUGACCAAGAAACAACAAAUGGGAUCAGCUUAGAUUGCAGUUUAUUAUUACAUAACUUUAAUACUUAAAAAAAAAAUUAAAACAAAUCGUGGUUUAAACAUAGACUCGCAGGUCGCGUGGAUUUUUGGGCUGACCCUUAGAUGAAUUUAUUCUUUCAUUCUGAUUUAUUUGGUAGUAAAUUGGUUGAACAAGACGAGUCGAAAAUUCUUGUCCCUCAAUUAGGUGCUUACCUUGGAGAUGGGUAGUUUUACAAUGAGAAGAGAUUCAAAGCGAAUUUUUAACAUUUUAUUCAAGGAUCACUCGGUGUUUAAAUAGUCUGAUAAUUGACAAUGAGAAUGAGAUGUCGACUCUGAACUUUUCACCAUUUUACUGCUGUAUUAAUAGAAUUUUUUAUGAACAAAAAGGGUCGUCCUUUCUCUUCGUUGCACGAGGGUUGUACAAACGUAUUGUACAUCCUCGUCGCGACUGUGAUAACGUGCAUUAAGAAGCAAAAUGAAGCUGAGAAUUAAUAAUGAUAAAUUAUUUCGGAUUUGUUGGACCGAAUUUGUGGUUUUUAUUGACGUUAUACUGUUGAGUGCAUUAAUAAAAUUCGUCUAGCGCAGAGAACACUAGAAACAUACACGAAAGAGAUACGUAGUUAUAUCACGGUGCCCAGCUGAUCGACAUCACACUGUCUCAUUAUUUAUUAUUAAUUAUCUCUCAGUUUUGAAGGAAUGCAGGAGUGCAGUGAGAAUAUCUCCGAGAGGGAAAGGUCCAGAGAAUUUUUUUAAAAAAUAUUGAACGAUCGGCAAAAAGAUCUCUUGACAUUUUCCUCUGCACUCACCAGUGCCUGAGAGAUUGACAGUAUAAUCUCCCGGAUUUUUCCACUUCACUGCAAAUUCCACGUUUUGAAAAUUUAUGAAGCAAUUUUAAUGAAAAUGGGACCGCUUUAUAUUUCUCAAUUAAUCAUGAAGUUAACGGAAUGGAUGAUGGAUUUUAGAGAAGCAUUGAACAACUUUCUAAGAUGUUGUUGGGGCAAUAUGUUCUGAGUCCGUGUUUUUUAUUUUAAAAACAUGAUUGAAUUAUAACUGCGUAAGGAAGAAAUAAAUAAUUGUACGACGAUAGUAUUAAAUUUAUACAUAUUUACCCGGACGUGUCAGCUCCCGAGCAAAUCCUGUCUAAAAUACAUUGUGAGAGAGAAAUCAGUGGUGGAGUGGUGAAAAUCGAGAAGCCCAAACGAUAUAUCAUUGUUUUGGAAAUAUCUCAGUGACCAGUGGAUACGACCAGAGAACAUCCACAAACAAGCUCUCACGAUUUUUUCACCGAUAUCCACUGCUUUCCGAGAUAAUUACUAAACAAUCUGUACAAAAUUAUUCGAUCUAUCUCCACUUCGCUACGGAAUAUCCAAAAUUAUAUAUAAAUAUAUGAAUAUUGUAUAUGAUACUUGUUUUUCGAAAUAUCGUAAUUCAUGGUUGAUUCUGUGGCGUCAAUUAAACCGUUGCGAAUGACGGUGAGUUUGCAUAAAUUUGUAAAAUAGUAAAAAUACUAAUGUUUAAUUAAUUAAAAUCGACAAAAAAAUAUGGAAAAAUAUUGUGAACGCAUCGAGUGAAUACUUCCGAUAAAAUUAAAUAUUUGGCAGGGUAAUGAAAUUUGCGAGGGACGUGACACCUCCUUACAACUAUAAAUAUAUAAAUAUUAUAUAUAAAAGAAGUAUAAAUAUAAACUACCGCGUAUGUAAGUAACUUUUAGAGUAUUUGAGUAAAAAAAGGCAUACAUAGUUGAUAGUGUUUUAUUAAAUGUUGUG